AUGUCUCGCCUCUUUAGCACAUCUGCUCGAGCUCUUCUCCAAUGGGCCGGGUUUGAUAGAAAUAAACUACCUGAAAAGUGGCGAUCUGCGGUAGAGAGAUUCACAGGCCCAGGAGGAGGUGCUGAAGCGAGACUUGGCAAGUUGAAGAGAGUCGACAUCAAGUAUCGAGAUGACAACCCUGUCCACCAAUCCCAUUUUAACCGAGAUGACCAGGAAUGGGUUAUAUUAGUGCAGAAAUCUCUGGCGAGAAUGGUAGGAAGUCUGCUCCAUUCACAUGGGAUAAAAUCCACAAAACAGCACUCCACCCUUGGAAAGAACAAUCCCUUCAGUCAGAAUCUACAUUUGUAUUGCGUUAUAGCCACCAAAAUGGAAAUGGCAUACGACGAUUCUGCUUGGGAACGAAGUGACACGAUCUUUGAUAGCUUCAAGAAAAAAGCCUCAAGCCCGGAUGUUCUGCGGGCUGUCACUGAAUUUAUGGCAGCUAAAUACCCUGUGUCUCAACCGAAUGAUCGUGCCCGUAUAAUAGGUGUUGGUGCCUUCAACUUCUGUUACCGUAUGGAGUUUAAUAAUGGAACUUCCUCCCUUUUACGUUUCGCAUCCCCCGGCCGUAGUAUGUUUCCAGAGGAGAAGACCCAAGCAGAGGUUUCUGUUAUGCUCUACCUCAAGGAGAAUACUGAUAUUCCUAUUCCAACUAUCCUUGACUGGGGCAUGGAAGGACCCUGUGAUAUGGGUCCAUAUAUCCUGAUGGAGUUCGUUAGCAGCGCAUCCAAUCUUACGGCUAAGCUGAGGAAGCCUGGCUAUACUAGAGAGGAUCGUCCUGUGCUCGACUCCGAUAUCGAUGAAUCAAAGCUAGAAUUUUUGUAUGGCCAAAUGGCUGAUAUUAUAUUACAGCUAUCGAGGUGUUCUUUUAAUAAGAUUGGUUGCCUAGCUGCUAGGCCCGGCGGCUGGGCUAUCACCAAACGUCCAUUGACAAUGAAUAUGAACGAGCUUGUCCAACUCGGCGGCUAUCCCAAGGAUUUUCUACCAUCGUCUCCCUUUGCAUCUGCAUCUAAUUAUUUUAAGAGCCUUGCCGAGACUCAAUAUACACAUCUAUCAACACAACGCAACGAUGCCAUCUACUCGGAGGAGGAUUGCCGCCGUAAAUAUACCAUUAGAAAGAUAAUGCUUAAGCUCGCAGAGCAGUCAAAACUCACGGGCGAAGAAAUUACGGACCACAAUAAAUAUAAGCUUUUCUGUGACGAUCUCCGGCCAACAAAUGUACUUAUUGAUAAGAACUGCAAAGUUGUCGCUGUGAUUGACUGGGAAUUUACUUACUCUGCGCCCUCCGAAUUCACGUAUAGUCCCCCAUGGUGGCUACUUUUGGAAACACCUGAAGACUGGCCUUCGGGCAUAUUAGACUGGGCCGUAACUUACGAUUCGCGGCUUAAGGUCUUUCUCCGAGCGAUGGCGCGGCAUGAAGAUAUUGCAAUCCGUGACGGGCGAUUAUCUGAUGGGGAGCGACUCUCUAAAAGGAUGUAUAAUAGUUGGAAUAGUGGUGCUUUCUGGAUCAACUACGGUUUACGGAAAAGCUGGGCUUUAGAUAUCGUUUGGCCCUUCAUCGACCGGGCGAUAUUUGGUGGAGAACAACCACACGAGCAGAGAAUAGCCUUGCUUGAGAAUAGAAUCCAAUUCACCGAUGACGAGCGUAAGGAAAUGGACGCCUUCGUUCAACGAAAGCUAAGGGAUUUGACAGCUUAG